ACAAUUUCUGUGUAACAAUCUGCUAAAUCACUACUCUACCAGGUAAAUUUCACUUCAUCCUCUCCAUUUUUAAAGUAUUUUUCCAAUUUCUUUAUCAUUCAAAACACUCACCCAAUUCAUAAUGGGAACUUGAGAUUUUGUGUAGAUAUAUAGUUUACUUUUAUAGCUUGCUGUAUUGAACAGCCAUGGCUUCUUUUGCUGCUGUUUCCCAUACUGGGCUAUCCAUUUUUAGCGAAAAUUCACUACCACAUAAUGAAAAGUUCAAGUCUUUGAGGAGAUAUGCAACUGUUUGUUGCUAUAGCAGCUCAGUUUUGUUUCCUUCAUUAGGAAUUUACAGUGUCACCAAUUCCCACUGUUUGAUUAGGAAUAGGUUUAGCUCACUUUACCAUGAAAGAAAUGAACUUUCUUUAUUGGCUUGCUGUUGUUGUAUGUCUCAACAUAGAUUAUCUUCUCACAGUAAAAUUAGAGCAUUGAUUAAUGGGGAUAGAGGAGGAGGAGAAGAAACACAUUUGAGGAGAAGAGUUAAUAGUGGUGUGAGGAAGAGAUUUUCACUGAGAUUGAGACCACGAUUUCGGUUAUUGACCCGACAGUUGAAGAGGGUUUCGGUGCGUUCAAUGUUAAAUGAUAUUGGGAUGUUCUUGAGAAAGCAUGUUAAGAGAUUAGUAAUUUAUGCUUCGAUUACUGUCGCUCUUGGUAUUUGCUACUUGUUUUUGAGGCUAACAGCAGUGCCUACGCCGAAGAUUGUUCCAUAUUCUGAUUUGAUUACAAGCCUUCAGAGUGGUACGGUUACUAAAGUUUUACUUGAAGAAGGAUCUCGUCGUAUAUAUUACAAUGUUAAAUCUCAGGAAAUUGGAAAUACCGAAAAUUCUGAAGAGAUGGAUGUUCCAGAUGAAAAUUCAGCUGAUGCAGUUGCUACUGCUAGAGAAGGUGUAGUGAGUGCUAGUGGUCAAGCAACAAAAGUGGACUUAUUGAAGAAAUUUUCAAAGCCUAGAGCUUCUACUCCUGAUUGGCAGUAUUCUACCAGAAAAAUAGAUCGUGACGAGAAGUUUCUUCUCAGCAUGAUGAGAGAAAAGGGAACAAUGUAUAGCUCGGCCCCUCAAUCAGUUUUGAUGUCAAUAAGGAGUACACUUAUAACCAUAAUAUCUUUAUGGAUUCCUUUAACUCCUUUGAUGUGGCUGCUGUAUCGACAACUUUCCACUGCUAAUAGCCCUGCAAAGAAGCGACGACCUAAUAAUCAAAUAGUCAAUUUUGAUGACGUGGAGGGUGUUGAUGGAGCUAAGGUAGAGCUUAUGGAGAUAGUUUCAUGCAUGCAAGGAGCUAUAAACUACCGGAAACUGGGAGCAAAGCUACCUAGAGGUGUGUUGCUUGUCGGCCCUCCAGGAACAGGGAAAACCUUGCUGGCUCGUGCAGUGGCUGGAGAAGCAGGAGUUCCAUUUUUCAGUGUUUCUGCCAGUGAAUUUGUGGAGCUAUUUGUUGGAAGAGGAGCAGCACGCAUUAGAGAUCUCUUUAACGUGGCAAGGAAAUGUGCUCCAUCGAUCAUUUUUAUUGAUGAACUUGAUGCAGUUGGAGGAAAACGGGGUAGAAGUUUCAAUGAUGAGCGUGACCAAACACUAAACCAGUUGUUGACAGAAAUGGAUGGAUUUGAGUCGGAGAUGAAAGUGGUUGUUAUUGCCGCAACUAACAGGCCGGAAGCAUUGGAUCCAGCCCUUUGUAGGCCUGGUCGCUUCUCGAGAAAGGUACUUGUCGGAGAACCAGAUGAAGAAGGACGGAAGAAGAUCCUCAGUGUCCAUUUGAGAGGAGUUCCUCUAGAAGAAGACACAGAUCUUAUCUGUGAUUUAGUUGCUUCUUUGACUCCAGGAUUUGUUGGUGCUGAUCUCGCAAACAUUGUCAACGAAGCGGCUUUACUUGCUGGUCGGAGAGCUGGUGAGACUGUGACAAGGGAAGACAUAAUGGAAGCAGUGGAAAGAGCAAAAUAUGGGAUCAACAAUAAACAAGUGCGGUCUAGUACGAUAAGUAAAGAGAUCGGAAAACUAUUCCCAUGGAUACCGUCUUUAAUGGGAAGGAACGAUAUGGGUCAAGAUGGUUUACAAGGGCCUCUAGGUUACCAGACUCUCAGCUGACUGAAACAUCAGAUUUUGUAUUUGUAGUUAGCUUCUUCUACCUCUAGAUAUCUAUUUAGCAUAAACAAGAUGCAACAUUCUUUCUUCCUUUCUUUCUGGUUUAUACGCACUCAUGUUUUAUAUAUCAUGAAGCAUUUUGCUA